CAGGAGCUAAAGAGUGACUUCAUUGAGUAACAGGCAGGUUAUUUGUAUCCAUUUAAAUAAGUGAUCUGGCCUUUGUUUCUUUCAGAGUCUAGAAACGGUGAGAUGGCUGAGCCUGAAGUAAAUGAGAUCAUAACAGCCAGUAUGUUGGAAGAGGAAAGGCAACUGGAGAAAGAAGGACAGGAGGAGGAGAGAAAGCUGAUGCAGCAGGCCAAAAUGUUCUGGGAAAAGGACUCGCGUGAAAUGCGUUAUAAGCGAUUACAACACUUACUGGAGAAGAGUAACAUCUAUUCGAAGUUCUUGUUGACAAAGAUGGAGCAACAGCAGCUGGAGGAGCAGCAAAGAAAAGCAAAACUCGAAAAAAAGAGAAAACUAUUGGCUUCAACUCAAGUGGUGAAAGGGGACAACCAGCCAAUACAAGAAACUGAAACAGGUGACCUGAAAGUAACUUGCACAUUGUUGUGUUUUCUCUUCAGGCCUGUACUGGAUGUAUUUAUCCCACAAGAUAAGGAAGUUCACCUGAAAUUGCAGAAUGUAUUGAUGCUCCUCAGAAAGUGUUGUAACCAUCCUUACUUAAUUGAAUACCCACUGGACCCCAAAACCCAGGAGUUUAAGAUAGAUGAAGAGUUGGUGAAAAGCUCAGGAAAAUUCCUCAUUUUGGACCGAAUGCUGCCAGAACUCAGGAGAAGAGGGCACAAGAUAAACAAUUUCAACAGCGAUCCUGAAGUUUUCAUCUUUUUACUGAGCACUCGAGCUGGGGGUUUGGGCAUUAACCUGACGGCAGCAGACACUGUCGUUAUAUACGAUAGUGACUGGAAUCCUCAGGCAGAUCUUCAGGCUCAGGAUCGUUGCCAUCGAAUUGGUCAGACUAAGCCGGUUGUAGUUUAUCGCCUGGUAACAGCUAAUACCAUCGAUGAGAAGAUUGUGGAGAAAGCUACGGCGAAAAGGCGACUUGAAAAGAUGGUUAUACAUAAAAAUAAGUUCAAAGGGGGCAAGUCAGGAUUGAACCAGUCCAGGAGCUGUCUAGAUUCUACAGAGCUGAUGGAAUUGCUGAAGUCUCGGGAUCAUGAAAGAGUGGUGAAGGGCUCCACUGACCAAGUGAUAAGUGAUGGUGAGCUUCAGAUCUUGAUGGACCGCAGUGAUCUUGGCAAACAAAGGAAAUUGGGAAUCAAAACACAGACAGACAAAGUUUUCAAAGUACUUGAUAGUGAUGACCCGAAUUCAGGAAUCCAACUGUGUGGGCUGUGAGAGAUGGCUGGAGACAUCUCCUUAUUCAAGUGUUAGUUGCAGUUCCCUUGCCUGCUCUCCCCAGCAGGGAAUAGUUUGAAAGAAAGUCACUCCUGGAGUGCAGACUUAGGGUUAGUCUGCAGCUUUAAGGUUGUUGAUCUUACUUGUGUCCUGCUGUUAAGUGUUUUUUUAAAGUGGGACUUCUUUUGAAAGUGGUUUUUUUUAUUUUGCACAGUGGAUACAUGCAGAUGAUUUUUUUGUUUUGUUUGACUUAAUGCUGCCUGGAUUCUAAAUGAUGAGCUUAAUUUCAGACGUUUAACCACUGGGCAAGUGGAAUAGGCAAAUAAAUAGUGUUUUUUUUUUACUCUUUUGCUUUUUUACUUAUUCAGUUUAGUUUUCACUCCUGUUGUGCUCUUACCCUCUCUAAGAUAUUGCACAUUUAUGAUCUCAGCUGUUCAAGAGAAGCAGGAAGUUGACAGCAUGCAGUUGGCCAGGAAUGCCAGACUGCCUUACUAUUGUAAGUAAUGCCAGGCAUUUGGUUGUAGGCACCUGAUUCAAAAUUCAGUCUGGCAGUAUUCCACUGGAUGUUUUUAAAUUCUCAUGGUUUUCUGUCACCAUCAGAAGACAAUUUCUGGCACCAUUGUUUUAACCUUUGUUUUUAAAUAAAUCAGCACUGAGGUUAUGUCACUAGAUCUUGCUGUUGCCUCUCAGUCUGACAGAUGAUGAGAGAUUUCUCUCCCCCUUUUUUUUUGAGUUUUUGUAUCAAAUAUACUGAUGGUGAAAUUCAUUAAAAUUGUUAGACAGCAGUCAGGUUUCUUUAUCGCAACCCAGGUUAAUCAAUACCGUAUGAGGUUACGGGUUGCCAAUGUAACGAGCUCAUUUCCACAAGAACUCUAGCACCAUUUUAGUUAGAAUGUCAGGAGAGCAGAGCUGAAGUGGGAAUCUGACCAAGCACUGUUCAGGCCACCUGCUUUUUCACUUGCAAUAUGCAAUCACUUCUUUGAAUCUAGGACUGAGAGGAGGCCUGGCAUUGAAUGUUACCUCCAGUGACACGUAAGAUCCUAAAAACCUGGCUGCUGGGAACAGUGUGGAUUUUCUUCCCUUUGCAUUAAUGCUUUUGGCAGCAGCAGUGUGAGAUGAGCAGAAGGAAUGGCUGGGUAAUUUUAAUUAUGAUGUACGCCAACUAAGAAAUGCAACCCUUGAGAUUUUAGUUUCCUCGAGCAAGAGUCAUGCUGCUGUUUCUUUUUAAAACCAUUUGGGUUUGGAUAUUUGCACACAAGGAUUAAACCAGGGCCUACAGAAAGUAAGUAUCAGGUGAUGAAAGUUUGUAGGACCUGUAUUCUGCAGCUUUAAAUACAGCUUAGUCAAGACUUUCUGUAAACAGCUGCUUAGAGCACUACAAAUAGGAGACUGAUUCCUGCUUGUAAAGAAGACCAGAAUUCCUCAGCAUUGUCAAGAGCAUGGACCUUCUCCUUGCCGCAAACUUCAAUGCCUGAUGUAUGCGGAAUGCUGAUGUACAAACUGUAAAAAAAAAUCAAAAAAAAGGUUUUUUUUAUUAGAAAUAAAAUUUUCAAGUUUGUCAUGG